AACCAAAACAUAUAUCUUAUGUCCUCUGAAAUAAAAAUGUUUUCAAAGAUGAAGCUAGUGAUUCUCAUGUCGUUCUUGAUCCUUCUUCCAUUGUGUUCUUCAAGAUCUGAAGAGAGCCAUGAUGAGACAAAACCAACCAUUUCGGGUCGUCCACAGUCACCGCCACCAAACCACGAUGAUACAAAACCAACCAUUUCGGGUCGUCCACAGCCACCGCCACCAAACCACGAUGAUACAAAACCAACCAUUUCGGGUCGUCCACAGCCACCUCCACCAAACCAUGAUAAGACAAAAUUGAACGGUUGGGGUCGUCCUGCGCGGCCACCGCCACCAAGCCAUGAUGAGACAAAACCAACCAUUUCGGGUCGUCCACAGCCACCACCACCAAGCCACGAUGAGACCAAACUGACUGGUUGGGGUCGUCCUAUCCGGCCACCGCCACCAAGCCAUGAUGAGACAAAACCAACCAUUUCGGGUCGUCCACAGCCACCACCACCAAGCCACGAUGAGACCAAACUGACUGGUUGGGGUCGUCCUAUCCGGCCACCGCCACCAAGCCAUGAUGAGACAAAACCAACCAUUUCGGGUCGUCCACAGCCACCGCCACCAAACCACGACGAGAUAAAACCUAAUAAUGGGAUGGUAGAGAGUCGAAAUCUAAUGCAGCACGAGUCUAUCUCGCAUGUGAUGAACCAAGAAACAGUGUAUCCGCAAAAACAGCCAUGUCCUCCUGGGUGUUACUGGGUAUGUGACUUAGCAUUUGGAGGUUGUAAAUGCAUUUGUUAGAUUCUCCUAUAUAUUUGGA